AUGCGACUUUUACACAUGAAUAUACAAAUAAUAAGAACGUAUUCAUUACCAAUGAAGAUGCAAAAACUAAUUGAAAAUAAAUAUCUUAUUUCUAUUCUGAAAUUUAUACAAUUUUUAACAAUUAUUCCUCACAAAUGUUUGAGAACAAUAGUACGAUCUUUUGUUAAACUAAGUAAUUAUAGACGAUUUCUAUUAUCAUGUCAUACAAGAAGCAAACAACAUUACAGCUGUGAAUAUGGUUCAAUUAAAUAUUAUGUUUAUUGUGGAAUUAGUGGUAUGUUAAGCGGUGCUAUAACACAUGCAGCUGUUGUUCCACUGGAUCUUAUCAAAUGUCGAUUACAAGUCAAACCUCAAAAAUAUGAAAAUUUCAUUCGUGGUUUUCAAGUAACCAUUGCAGAUGAAGGUAUAUUUGGUUUAACUAAAGGUUUAGCACCAACUUUAAUUGGUUAUUCAUUACAAGGUUUUGGAAAAUUUGCUUUUUAUGAAAUAUUGAAAAUUUUUUAUGGUGAAAUAUUUGGUGAAGAAAAUGCUUAUCUCUAUCGAACAUUAAUUUAUUUAUUAGCAAGUGCUUCAGCAGAAUUGUUUGCUGAUAUUGCUUUAGCACCAUGGGAAGCAAUAAAAAUACGAAUACAAACACAAGAUAAUUGGGCAUCAACUUUAAGACAAGGUUUACCGAAAUUUUAUGGCGAAGAAGGAAUAUGGGGCUUUUAUAAAGGUCUUGUACCAUUAUGGCUUCGACAAAUUCCAUAUACAAUGGUGAAAUUUGCAUGUUUUGAACGUACAAUUGAAGCACUUAAUAAAUAUAUAAUAGGUAAACCACGUGAACAACGUACAAAAACUGAAGAACUUGGUGUAACAUUUAUAGCUGGUUAUAUAGCUGGUAUAUUUUGUGCUAUCGUUAGUCAUCCAGCUGAUACAAUUGUAUCAAAAUUGAAUAAUGAAAAAGGUCUUAGUAUAUUUGAUGCUAUACGACGUGUUGGAUUUGCUGGCCUAUGGAAAGGACUUGGUUUGCGUAUUUUUAUCAGUGGUACAUUGAGUGCUGUUCAAUUGUUUGUUUAUAAUACAGCUAGAGUAAUGUUUGGAGUAUUACAUACGUAA